AUGCGUUCGAUCUCUUAUCCCACUCUGUCGACUCUAGCGUUGGGUCUUCUAUCCUUCACAUCUGCCCUGCCUACCAUCACACGGACGGGCAAAUACCUAUAUGACCCCCAGGGUCAGCGAUUCUCCAUCAAGGGAGUCGCGUAUCAACCGCAAGGCCAAUUAGCAGAGAACACUCAGCAAAAUCAGGAGCAAGGAGGCUUCCCCGAACCAUCAUCUUACAUCGACCCUUUAUCAUCUUCAGCCAACUGCACAAGGGAUUUACCGUAUCUUCAACAGCUUGGCGUCAAUGCGGUUCGAGUGUAUUCGGUCAACUCGAGUCUGAACCAUGAUGACUGCAUGGACAUGUUUGACAAGGCGGGCAUCUAUGUCUUGCUCGACCUCUCGCUGCCACUCAAUGGGAGCAUCAACCGAGCCGAACCGAGCUGGACUACCAAUCUCUUAGAUGCAUACAUCAAUACCAUCAAUGCGUUCGACAAGUAUGACAACAUCCUAGGAUAUACCAUAGGUAACGAAGUCGUCAACCUGGCCUCCAAUACAGACGCUGCGCCGUACGUCAAGGCUGCCGCGAGAGACAUCAAAGCCUACCUUCGGGGCAUCAAUUCCACCGCUCUGGUCUCCUAUGCCGCUGUCGAUGGCGAUGCGGCGUUCAGGAACUCGGUCGCCGAGUAUAUGACAUGUGGUGACGAGAGCGUCCAAGUGGAUCUUUAUGGCCUGAACAACUAUGAAUGGUGUGGAAACGAAAACCUCAACUCUUCACAUUGGAAUAGCAUCACCAGUGGAUUCUCCGAUAUCCCCGUCCCUACUUACAUGUCGGAAUACGGGUGCAUCACCAGUCCACCGAGAUUGUGGACCGAAGUCCAAGCCCUCUUUGCCCCUCCCGUUUCCAACGUAUUCUCGGGUGGAAUGGCAUUCUCCUACUUCCCCACAUCGGAUGGCUAUGGUAUGGUAACAUUCUCAUCGGACGGCACACAGGUCGACACGACAUCUGAUUUCGAACGACUGGCAAAACAAUAUGGCAAUGUCACUCUCCCCACCUCGCCAACCCAAUCCAAUUCGCAAUCAAGCACUCUGCAGUGCCCUGCCGAAAACUCGACGCUCGAAGCGAGCUCGGACCUGCCGCCUACACCUGAUGCCUCGGUGUGUAAUUGCCUCAAUCAGAACGCAUUCUCUUGUCGAAUUAUUCAGUCGUCUGCCAAUCAACCAGCAAUUGUUGGCGAGCUGACCAACUACGCUUGCUCACUUCUCGGCUCGUCCGGUGCCCAAGCCUCCUGCAAUGCGAUCGCCGGUAAUGGAACAAGUGGUACAUACGGAGAGCUGUCUUUCUGCUCUCCCGCCAUCAAACUGAGCUACGCCAUGUCUGCGUAUUACAUGUUCAACCCCGUCAGCACCAGUUGCGAUUUUGGUGGAAACGCUACAUUGUCUCCGAAUGCACCAAAUACACCUCAAGACGCUUCAAGCGCUGCAGAGUCAUGUCUUGCUGCUGAGCCCUCGGGCGGAGUGUUCACGCCAUCCGCCACGACCUCUUCGGUUCAAAACACUGGAACAUCCUCGUCCUCGCCGAGUCCGUCAAGAUCAGGAUCUGCGGGUCUCAGAGUCAAGCUAGGAGGAGGAGGCAUGGAAUCGUGGUUCGUGGGAAUCGCAGGUGCCAUCUUAGGUGGAACCUACCUCUUGAUAUAA